AUGGCGGCGCUGGCGGCGCCGAAGCCAAAGGUCGUGAUCGCUGGUGGCGGCGUCAUCGGCUGCAGCACGGCCUACUUCCUGGCCAAGGAGCACGGCAUCGGCUGCACCAUCGUCGACCGCAAGGGCGUCGCCGCGGCCGCGUCGGGCCGCGCGGGCGGCUUCCUCGCGAGGGACUGGAACGACGGCUCCGCGACGGAGCGGCUCACGCGGCGGUCCUUCGACCUGCACGCGCGCCUCGGCGACGAGCUCGCUCCUUGGGGCCCGACGGACUACCGGCGCCUCACGUGCGCGGCCGUCGCGGCGCGCGAAGGCGACGCGCUUCGCCCGCCGUCGAACGCCAAGCUCGAGCACGUGGAGUGGGCCGACGGCGGCGUGCUCGGCGCGCGGCCCAUGGGCGACGAGUCGACGAUCGCGCAGGUGCACCCGCGCAAGCUCUGCGAGGCGCUCGUCGCGGGCGCCCGGGAGCUCGCGGGCGCGGCGGUCGUCGACGGCGUCGCCGCGGGCCUCGCGCUCGACGCGGGCGGGUCCGUCGUCGGCCUCCAGCUGCAGGACGGGUCGACGCUCGAGGCCGACGCCGUCGUGCUCUGCCUGGGGCCCUGGAGCCACGCGCUGGGGCGCCCGGCGACGGAGCCGCUCGGCCUCCGCGGCGCCGAGGACGAGACGGGCUGGGGCCUCGCGGGGCUGCCGCCCGUCGUCGGGACCAAGUACCACGCGGUGCUCCUCCAGAGCCCGCGCGUGCUCAAUCAGGCCGUCUUUUUUCAGGGGCUCGGCGACCCGGAGGUCUACCCGCGGGGCGACGGCGAGACCUACGUCACGGGAUUUCCCGACCCGCCCGCGGUCGUCCGAGACCUCCCGGGCGAGACGGAGGUGCGCGCCGACGUCACGGACCGGCUCGUCGCCGCCAUGAACGUCGUGUCGUCGGACCUCCGAAACGCGCGCGUGAACCACAAGCAGGCCUGCCACCUCCCCACGGCGCCCGACGGCGUCCCGGUCGUCGGCGCGGUGCCGGGACGAAGGGGCGCGUUCGUCGGCACGGGCCACGGCUGCUGGGGCAUUCUCUUGGGUCCCGCGACGGGCGAAGCGCUCGCGAACCUCGUCGCGACCGGCGACGCGAAGACGCUCGAUUUGCGCAACUUCGACCCGGCGCGGUUCUGCUAA